UUUCUUCAUACCUCGAACUGAGCCACGCCGGUAAAUAACAGACGACGUUCUUGCAUUCAGACUUACAUAGACCAUCACUGCAAUAGAAGAGGAGGGAUACUAACUCGAAAAGGUUUAGCGGUAUUUUAGCCUAAGAGCGUCCUGAGUAUAUAUAUAUAAUUUUAGUGUAAUCUUGGGCAUUAGAUCCGAGAAAUUCCAAUACAAUGUGUGUUUCCAACAUACACAAAGUGGAGAGCAUGACUUUAGCGGAGGUGGAAGUGAAGGGUAUGAGGCCUAUGGCGCCCCAUGCCAAGUCCCUUGUCAGCCGCUCUCGAUUCCAUUCUAUUUCCGAGUUCCGUCCCUCUGAAAUGCACAAAUCAAAAACCUUCGGAGGAGUCGCUGUGUUCCCGUAUUCUACCGAAACGUUGACGAGGCAGGAGUUGGAGAGGCUUGUAGACUCGAGGAAGAGAGAGCCCACGAAAGUCACUAAGGCUCAGAUUAAGGAGUACGGCAAGAAAUACAAGAACUUCAAUUCCGAUGCUGAUGAAAAGAGGGAAAACGCGCAUUGGUACAGAGAGGUGUUGGAACACACACAACCGGCACACCUCAUCACCAUAGUGUCAGUUGUGUACCUCGCCUUCAGACUCUUCCCGGACUCCCGCAGGAACGCCACCGAAGCCUCCACCCUCACUCGGCUAUUCUAUGUUGCCUCUGUUAGCACUGUCUUCGGCAGCCAAGUCUGGAUGACCUUCGUGUCUGGUUUGGCGCUUUUCUUCUCAGUGCAGCGACACGUGUUCGCACAGGUGCAGCAGGUACUCUUCCCGCUGUACUUCAUGUGCAACGCUGUGCUGAUGCUGGUGGCUGUGGUGACUUACACACAGCACCUCCCCACCCACCUCUGGGACACCCACCAGAUGAUGCAGGGAGGCAUUUUGGUGAGUUGCUUCCUGGUGAACCUGGGAAUCCGUCUGUACCUUGCACCUGUGCUCACCAAGCUCAUCACUAUCAAGAUUGCCAUAGAGCGUGAGGCAGGUCUUGGCCAUGAGGUGGGCACUAAUAAGCCGGGGCGUCUGGCUCAUUGUCCACAUUACAUGCGACUCUAUCGGGCCUUCCGCCGUACUCACAUGAUCAUUGCCAUUGGCAACAUGGUCUCUAUGGCGGCCACCUCUCUCCACCUCUACUACCUGGCCACGAAACUUUGCUCCGUGCAGCUGUAAAUUAUAUAAAAAAAAUGUCUUACUCGCCUCACACACAUGGAUGAUCCUAACGGUAUCCAGAACCUUCAUCAAUUAAGAUUUUUUAUCUAGUAACAUGUUACCUAGGGGCCUAGAAUGCUAUGAGCCUCUCUUAUUUCUACUUGAUCCUGCCUCUGGUGGCAGGCGUAUGCUUUCCCAAGAGCCUCUGCAACAUUGGCUGGUCCAAGGCGGAGUUCGCGAUAAUCGCGCCUGUCGUAAGUGACUUCCUGAGGAUGUUCCAACGUGUUCUCAACUGCAGUAUUUAAUGGCUACCUCUUGCCCUAUGGUUUGAAUCUACUUCCAAUUUCAAACAGCUCACAGUUCUCCCAGCAACACCACAGGCAGUAGUGAUAUAUGCCGCUGACUCCUCUAGCGUCAUCAAGUGCCGCUGACACCAAGGGCAGAAAUACCACCAGGUGAUUCUCCAGACCUCAAGAUCAAGAUACCCUUUAGGAUACUCUUAGUCUUGUUCAUUCUUAACCUUGAAAACACUAGUGAGUUCUCUUUUGCUAUGCUGCCAGACAAAUUAUGUUUUAUGGAGUGGGACUGUUUUAUUGACUGCCAGUUUAAAUGUUUCUAAUGUGACAAGGUUACUCACUGGUUUCUUGUCCGUGGUUCCUUCACUCACAAGAUAGUACAGUGUUUCCUUGCAAAUUGUAAUUUAUAUAUUUGUUUGUGAUAUGAAUGAUAAGUGUGUACAGUAGGUUGAGAAAAUUGCUGUAUAUGGCUUUCGUAAAGAAAAGUAAAUUAUGCGUCCUGAUGUACCCUGAGAUUUCAUGCGAGACUUUGUUGAUUUGUUGUCUGAAUGAAUCUGGUGAAGACGUAAUGACUUAGUCUCACACAGCCACAAGGAUCUGAUCUGCAAUGUACAUUACAUGUACAGUAUAUAUACGGAGAACACACACAACAUACUUAUAGAGCACACAUACACACACACACACACACACACACACACACACACACACACACACACACACACACACACACACACACACACACACACACACACACACACACACACGUACGCUCACUGGUGUUUUUCGGGCAUUAUUUAUUUUACACUUCUUAAUAAACCAAUUCAUGAAACUAUGGAACAAUCCACAUAUUAAAUAAAUAAAAAAGAAAAAAACCUCGUUUUUCAGUACAAUCUGUAAUUAAAUUUUGUUUCAUAUAGAAAUGUUUUAUAAAGUUUAAAUUAGUUAAAUAUUGUCUUCUAACACACUGAGUUGUGCCUUUCACGUUACAUAAUUUUCAGCGUCUGUAUAUAUGUUAAUUACUACAGACUCAAGUUAACUAAAUUGAAGUUAAAUUGUGAUAAUCGUAGAGUAAGUCGAAUACCUCACAGUGAUCACUCGAAGUUAGAACCCAUGACAAGUAGGUUCUAACCCCACCUGUACCAUGGUCAGAAAUUAUUCUCCCUGCUGGUUUCAGGUCAUAACAGAUGGCGUUAGCCACUAAGUCAUUAGCUUAAUAUUGCCCAACUUAUUAAAUCAAGAGAGAAAGAGAAUGAACUUAAUGCAAUAAAGGGAUUUUUGCAUUAAUAAAUGGACCGGAAAAUAUCUACACAUAAUAUACGUGCUAUGUAUUUAAAAGUAUAUUUAAAUACAUUUAAAGUCGUCAUGAUUGCAGUUACUUAUACGACAGUAGUAUGUAGUCUUUUCAGUUUGAUUUAAUUAUUUUUCAAUAUAUUGAUUGCUAUUGCGUGUGCGUUAGUUUACAUACUUCCGAAAACCUCUCAUUCAACCAUUUAUUCUCUGUAUUAACAUUUGUCUUCCAAAACCUUUCGUAUUCUUCAGUGCAUUUAAAUCUUAUAAAAAAUUAUUUCUUUUUACUUUUCCUCAUUAUUAUUAUUAUUAUUAUUAUUAUUAUUAUUAUUAUUAUUAUUAUUAUCACAUUUGCUAACGUCUCACAAUUCCUAGUCGCUAGUAGUUAAUUAGUUAUAUUUAUUUAACUUGUACAAUUUAUUAUUUUAUUAAAACAGUGACCAUA